AUGUGUGAGUUAUUUUUAGGAACCUGGAAACUCAUUUCUAGUGAAAACUUUGACAGCUAUAUGGAAGAACUGGGGGUGGGUUUUGCUACUAGGAAACUUGGCAGCCUGGCCAAGCCCAGUGUGGUCAUCAGCAUCAAUGGGGAUAUAAUAACCAUCAAGACAGAGAGCACCUUUAAAAACACAGAGAUCUCCUUCAAGCUGGGGGAAGAGUUUGAGGAAACCACAGCAGACAACAGGAAAACCAUGAGCACUGUAACCUUGGAUGAUGGCUCUCUGACUCAGGUGCAGAAGUGGGAUGGCAAACAGACCACAAUAAAGAGAGCGCUGGUGGAUGGGAAGAUGGUUGUGGAAUGCACCAUGAACAAUGUCACCUGCACUAGAGUCUAUGAGAGGGCCUGAGGCAUUCCCAUCUCCAUACUGGGUCAGAACUUGCU